AUGGUCCACCUUCCAACAUUCAUACUACUCCUCAUACCGCUAGUGAUGGGUCAGCCGACCCCGACCGAGCUCGCUUCCGCAUCGUCCUCCGCCACCUCCCUGAAAUCAUCAUCUAUAUCCCAAGAUGUACCCAACAGUACACCCACACCUAAUUUCGUUGGCAACCACUCACAUUCCGAACAUCCAGCAUCCUCGGGCAAACAUCAGAAGAGAGCAGGAAUGGACGAUUAUCUAUGGAUGAGCAGUAUCUUGCGUGUUAUUGAUGAGGGAGUGAACAGGCAGGAUCAGAAGGACGAUGAUGGUUUGGCUAAGGUUGUUACUUCGACUAGUAAAAAUGCAGAAGGCGAGAUCAAAGUGGAUGACAAGACUUCGACGGGUGUUACUGCUGGGAAAGGGAAAAGAAGGAGAAGGAGAAGAAGUCAUCCUUGA